AUAUAUAUAUAUAUAUAUAUGAACAUGGGGAGGCCACCUUGUUGUGACAAAAUUGGAAUUAAGAAAGGACCUUGGACUCCAGAGGAAGAUAUCAUGUUGGUGUCUUACAUUCAAGAACAUGGACCAGGAAAUUGGAGAUCAGUUCCCACUAACACAGGUUUGAUGAGAUGCAGCAAGAGCUGCAGGCUUAGAUGGACUAAUUAUCUUCGACCUGGUAUCAAACGAGGCAAUUUCACCGAGCAUGAGGAGAAGAUCAUAAUCCACCUUCAAGCUCUUUUGGGCAACAGAUGGGCUGCCAUAGCUUCGUAUCUUCCAGAAAGGACAGACAAUGACAUAAAAAAUUAUUGGAAUACCCAUAUGAAGAAGAAGAUGAAACCAAGUGAUCAAAACGAAGAGCAAGAGGGACAUUCUUCUUCUUCUUCUUCACAUCCAAAGGGUCAGUGGGAGAGAAGAUUACAAACAGAUAUACAAACAGCCAAACAAGCCCUGUGCGAUGCUUUGUCCCUUCACACGACACCAGCAACACAUGCUGUGCCUGAGACCAAGCCUUCUUCAACUUCUCAUCAACCCUACAGCCACGCCUCAUCUUCAUAUGCAUCUAGCUAUGAAAACAUUUCCCGGUUGAUGGAAAACUGGAUGAAAACUCCAAACUCACUAGGGGAUUAUUCCUUCAAUAACAUGGUCAAUAUUAAUACACCAAGAUCCAGUUCUAGUGAGGGAGCACAUAGCACCACUAAUACCACGUGUGCACAAGAUCAUGUUUUUGACUUGUUCAACUUCAACUCCUCCACAAACUAUGGUUCUGCCUCUCAGACUCAAGUGCCUCUUACCAUGAUAGAGAAUUGGCUUUUCGAGGAUGGGGCUUUUCAGUCUCAUGAAGAUCUGAUGAGCAUGUCGCUGGAAGAAAGUACUUCAGGUUUGUGUUAGAAUUUGUUACCAUUUUCUUUAUUAGGUAAGUCCUUUUCCAAAGUCUCGAGUUCUUCAAAAUGGAAUUUUUUUUCUAAAGCUGUUUUCGUACGAGAAGGUAAUCAAUACCCUCUCUCUCCACAAACAAGAAUUGUACAUUAGUAUAGUACGUCUGUAUCCUUUCUCAAUUUGCUACGUGCGUACCAAUUUAUAAGAGUUUUAUAAUGUCUGUAUUUUGGACCUUCGUUUACGGUCUCGAAUAUUCAUCUAGGGUUACAAUGAAUUUCAGCAUUAUCACC